AUGUCAGUGUCAGGCAAGAAAGAGUUUGACGUGAAGCAGAUCCUGAGGCUCCGCUGGAGAUGGUUCAGCCACCCCUCGCAGGGCUCGGCCGGCUCCGGGGGCUGCCACCAGCAGGAGGGAUACGAGCACAGGGGCACCCCGGUGCAGAACAGGCUGAAGAGCCACUCUCGGGACAGGAAUGGGCUGAAGAAGAACAGCAGCCCCGUGCACCACAACAUCCUGGCCCCCGUGCCGGGACCGACCCCGCUGCAUCCCCGCUCCAUCCACAGCUGGCACCAGCAGAGCCUGAUGGAGCAGCUGCGCUCCGCCGAGGACAGCCCCAAAAACGGCGCCCAGGAAAACCCCGGCAAAGAGGAUCCCGGCAAAGCCGCACAGGAGCUGCAGAUGAUCACAGAGCAAAAUGCAGAUGAAUCUGCAGAGAGGCUGUCCAGCACCAGCAGCUCCCUGGGGAUGGGCACCAAUGGCUCUGACGAGUAUUUCCAGUCCACGAACCACGCCGAGCAAACCUUCCGCAAAAUGGAGAGUUACCUGCAGCAGAAGCAGCUCUGUGAUGUGCUCCUGAUCGCUGGGGACCAAAAGAUUCCAGCCCACAGGCUGGUUCUCAGCGCAGUUUCUGAUUACUUUGCUGCGAUGUUCACCAGUGAUGUGCGGGAAGCCAAGCAGGAGGAGAUCAAGAUGGAAGGAGUGGAGCCCGAGGCGCUGAAGGCUCUGGUGCACUAUGCCUACACAGGUAUCCUGGAGUUGAAGGAAGACACUAUAGAGAGUCUGCUGGCUGCUGCAUGCCUCCUGCAGCUCUCCCAGGUCAUUGAGGUGUGCUGCAACUUCCUCAUGAAGCAGCUCCACCCUUCCAACUGCCUGGGGAUCCGCUCCUUCGGGGACGCCCAGGGCUGCACCGAGCUCCUCAAGGUGGCCCACACCUACACCAUGGAGCACUUCAUAGAAGUAAUAAAAAACCAGGAAUUUCUUUUGCUCCCAGCUAAUGAAAUUGCCAAGCUCUUGUCUAGUGACGACAUCAACGUGCCGGAUGAGGAGGCAAUUUUCCAGGCCCUGAUGAUGUGGGUGAGGCACGACCUCCAAAACCGACAGAGAGACCUGGGGAUGCUGCUGUCCUACAUCAGACUGCCCCUGCUGCCACCCCAGCUGCUGGCUGAUCUAGAAAACAGCCCAAUGUUUGCAGAUGACCUGGAGUGUCAGAAACUUCUCAUGGAGGCCAUGAAGUACCACCUGCUGCCAGAGAGACGCUCCAUGAUGCAGAGCCCUCGAACCAAGCCCAGGAAAUCCACAGUGGGUGCCCUCUAUGCUGUGGGAGGCAUGGAUGCCACCAAAGGCACCACCACAAUAGAGAAAUACGACCUGAGGACCAACAGCUGGGUGCAAAUCGGGACCAUGAACGGCCGGCGGCUGCAGUUUGGGGUGGCAGUGAUUGACAACAAGCUCUACAUCGUGGGGGGCAGGGACGGCCUCAAAACCUCCAACAUUGUCGAGUGCUUCAACCCUGUCACCAAGGCCUGGACUGUGAUGCCCCCGAUGUCAACGCACAGGCACGGCCUGGGAGUGGCAAUGCUUGAAGGACCGAUGUAUGCAGUUGGAGGCCACGACGGGUGGAGUUACCUGAACACGGUGGAGCGCUGGGACCCGCAGGCGCGGCAGUGGAAUUACGUGGCCAGCAUGUCCACGCCGCGCAGCACCGUCGGGGUGGCCGCCCUCAACAGCAAGCUGUACGCAGUCGGAGGGAGAGAUGGGAGCUCCUGCCUGAAAUCCAUGGAGUGCUUUGAUCCUCACACAAACAAGUGGAGUUUAUGUGCCUCCAUGUCCAAGAGGAGAGGAGGAGUUGGUGUGGCCACCUACAACGGGUUCCUGUACGCCGUGGGAGGGCACGAUGCCCCUGCCUCCAACCACUGCUCCCGCCUCUCCGACUGCGUGGAGAGGUACGACCCCAAAACCGACGCCUGGACCACGGUGGCCCCGCUGAGCGUGCCCCGGGACGCGGUUGGGAUCUGUCCCCUGGGGGACCGGCUCUACGCCGUGGGGGGCUACGACGGCCACUCCUACCUGGACACCGUGGAGUCCUACGAUGCUCAGAACAACGAAUGGACAGAGGAAGUUCCUGUCAACAUUGGCAGGGCUGGAGCAUGUGUUGUUGUUGUGAAGUUGCCCUGAGGACUGUAAAUUAUCAUGAAACUGAACUGAGGGGAGUCUCAGAAGCCAAGAAACAUUUCCAGGACAGUACAGACUGAACACACCUCAAAGCCCUCCCUUAGAGACAAUAUUUAUCCCUGAGCCAUCACACCACUACAGCACAGAAGUGUCUUCCUGCAUCCCCAAAAUCAGAAAACUUUGCAGAAGUGAAUUACUUUAUUAUGCCUAAUACAUAAAAUCCAGUAAAAUGGUUUAAAUGUUUGAAUGGUUCAGGUUUGUUACAAAAGUGUA